AGGCCACAGUGCAGUGCUAGUGCAUUGUGUGUGCGUCGGCAUGGACCAAUUGUUAACCCGUGUGUUACUGUGUGCGUGUGCUUUCGCUCUUUUCUGCCAGUGUAUGACUGAAGGAGACGGUGAUGGUUGCACUCGUGGGUUUAUGAGUCUUGACAGAAUGGAUAGAUUACUGGGCAAUAUUGGGACCCGAAGAGUUGCUGACAACUUUCAAGUAAUAUUUCCUGAAGUUGGCUUCACAUGCAAUGGCAGUAUUCAGAGCUGGGUGUUUGGAGCCGAGUGGGUAGGACAGAACAGCUUUUUCACUGAGCUACAGAUAUGGAGACCUACUGGGGAUGGGGCCUACACUAAAGUUGGAUAUACUACAAUCAAUACUGCCAGGAGUAAUUCAGAACUCUAUGAGUAUCCCCUCUCCCCUCCCCUGGCCUUCCAAACUGGUGAUGUUCUGGGAUACUACCAGCCCCAGCCUUCUCUGAGUCAAUUGAGUCUGCUGCUUGCACGAGAUGGAAGAGAGAGUCAAGUUGGAUACGUGUAUUCCACCAGUUCGCUGAAUAUCAAUUCAGGAUUUAGGUCUAGUAGAUAUCAGUUGUUUGUCAACGUAGUCACAGAUCCUCCAGGUUGUGGGCGUGGCUUCAUGAGUGUGGAAAGAAUGAGACUUUUCCUAAACCUGACCUCUGUUUCACUGCCCACUAUUUCCCCCAGUCAACGUCAGCAGAUCUCACCAGAAAUGAGGUUCACAUGUGAUGGGAACAUUACCAAAUGGAUCAUUGGAGCUGACCAUGGAGGGAAUGACAACUUGUAUCCUGAGCUACAAAUAUGGAGAAAAGCUGGAGAUGAAACCUAUGAUAAGAUUAGUGGAACAUUUAUUGAGACUGCAACAUCAGUGAACACUAGGAUUUAUGAAUAUGAUAACUUCUCCCCGAUCCCAGUAAAGUCUGGAGACAUUCUUGGAAUAUUUAUACCUCGACAUGCCUCCUCCAGACUUCGUCUCUUGUCUGAAAAUACUACCAGUCCCACUCAGUAUUUUAUGACCACUGAUGAGUCUGCCGCAGUAUCACCUUACAAUGUGUUUGAAAUAGGAAACCAGUUUGUGGGAACAUCAUCAUCCUAUCAUCCAUUGGUGUCUGUGGAGUUUGUGAGAAGUCCUACCUCAUCAGUCAUGAUUAUAUCCAGCUCCUCAAUGGCUUCCACGGCUGCCCUUCACCCCAGCUCUUCACUGGCCUCUAUGACCUCACAGGGCCCCUUACUAGUCCCUGAACCUACCGCCGAGGCUCUUCCCAUCUCUCUGCUGGCUUCUAGAACAUUCCAGACACUAGCCCUUACAGCUGAGACAGUUCCCAGUUCCUCGCUGAUCUCCACAGCUACCAGCCCUCUCCCCACCUCCGGAGCUCAUGUACCUUCCACCGAGCAGCCCUCCUCCUCCUCGGGCCAGUCUUCAGCUGCCAUUGCUGCUGGUGUGGGUGGUGGAGUAGCUGUGGCUCUAGUUCUACUGAUAUUGGUCCUUGUCCUUGUCAUUCUGGUGGUGUUUGUCAAAAAAAGAAAGCAGAAAGGAAAGCCCCAGGCAGUGGAGCAGGGGAAGGAUAGAAACAGUGGCAGUGCUAUGGACAACCCAGUUUACACAGGUGUGGCUUCAGGUGCAGACCCUACUGCAGCCACUAUAUCACUGGAAGAACUCUAUGACCUCCCUGGACGGGAUGAGGGAAGAGGAGACGGUGUGUAUGAUGUACCUUCUGAAAGUGGCGGAGUCUAUAGUAAAGUCACUAAGACUGAAGAGCCCCUCCUUCACCUGGUGAAUACGCCCAAUUUGAUAACCCACUAUAUGAGACUACAUAACUGAUGUCAGUGUAUGUUUGCUUUUAUACUCUUUCC